AUGCUUCCAAGACAAAAGGACAGUAUUUAUCAACGAUUCAUAUGUCGAAUAGCCUGCCUUUUACCGAAAAGAUUUCGUCCCAUUUUUCUACAUCCUGCAGGGCCAAGUACGGUAUUUUUUUGGGCACCGACAUUCAAAUGGUGUUUAGUAAUAGCAGGAUUAGGAGACAUUAACCGACCGGCACAUACGAUUUCUCUCAGUCAAACUGCAAGUCUUAUGAUCACUGGUGCUAUAUGGUCCAGAUACGCGUUAGUAAUUAUACCAAAGAACUACAACCUAUUUGGCGUAAACGCGUUCACAAGUUUCACGGGAGCAUAUAAUUUUAUACGAGGAUUUUUAUAUCAAAUGAGUCAGGACACAACAUGA